GCGCCUGCGCGGCCCAGUCCUGGGUUGAUUAACCUCGGCAGCAGCAAUGCCUGAAGAUUGGGACAAGGACGUUUACCAGCAGCCUCCCAGCCGGACUCCGGUAGUGGACAAGCAGACCGCUCUACCCAACCCUGCGCUUAUUGUCAGCAAACUUUUUUACUAUGCGGUGGAUUUGCCGGUUACAACCUUCAGGGAAUGGGUGGAACGCCAACGGAAAAAGAAUAUAUUUUAUUACUAUCAUCAGAAUUUCAGACGAGUGCCGGAUUUGACUGAAUGUCAGCUGGGUGAUUACCUGUGCUAUUAUGAAGCAGAGAUGCAGUGGAGAAGGGACUACAAGGUCGAUCAGGAAAUUAUUAAAAUUCUCCAGGAGCGUCUGAGGGCCUGCCAGCAACGGGAAGGUAACAGCUACAUACAGAACUGUGCUAAAGAACUGGAGCAAUUUAAAGAAGCGGCUAAAGGCUACCAGUCAAGAUAUGGCGAUCUUGGGGCUUAUGCUAGUGCCAGAAAAUGUCUAAUGAAGCAGAAACAUCGAAUGAUUGAGGAAAGAGAAAAGGCAAAAGGUGAUGCAUAAGAGCAUUCACCAAAAAUCUCUGCAAAGUCAUUUUUUUUUAAAAUGAAAUUUGUGACAAAUCACCUAUUAUGUACAGUCUGAAUGUGUUUGAAUUGUGCAGAAUGUUAAAUUUCACAUGAAUGUGAUCUAAGAUGCAUGGACCUGCUAAAUAAUAAAUAAUGCCUAAUCUGUAA